AUGAAUUUGCUAGUACGAAUGGACUCAUUCCAUCCCAUCAAACAAAAAUCAAACAUUGUUUGUAAUACCAUUCGUACAGCGAAAUUAUGUUCGUCUCCGGAAUAUAUAUCCCACUCAACAAAUAUGGCGAAAAAAGUGUUGGAGAAGAAUGGUUAUUAUUUUUCAAACGAAAAAACAAAAAGAUCUUUCCACAAAAAACGAAUAACUGUUCCAUCCAAUAUGGAUCGUUGCAUAAUGCCAAUCCCAUUCUUAGGUGAUGCGAUCACCAAACAAAUUCGUAAUCUUCUUAAUUCGCUCAGUUUGGAAGCCCAGGUGAUCGAACUUAAAGGUCGAUCUCUGGGUGAUAUUCUGACGAAGAACAGAUGUUUCGAUAAUGUUUGCCACCACCGUGAUUGCUUCAUUUGUAGGAAAUUGGGUAUUGGUAAAUGCAACGUGAAAGGCGUUGUAUAUAAAAUUACUUGUGACUGUGGUGAAAUUUACAUCGGCGAAACAGGUAGACCUUUAUUUGAAAGGUUUGCUGAACACCAGAGAGCAGCCAAAAAUCCUUUGACCAAGUCAUAUCUCAAUACAACGUGGUCAAAACAUGCUGUGGAAAAACAUGGUGGAACAGCUCUGACUUUAGAUCUUAAAAUACUAGAGGUUGAAAGAAACACGACUAGGCGUAAGAUUCUGGAGGGAGUUGCGAUAAAACAUGCCAAUCCUACUUUAAACACAAAAGAGGAGCUUAGUGAGAUGAUUGCAAAGCUUGGAACUCUGGAAUUGGCUGUUUAA